CUAACAAUCACAGAUAAGCUAUUGUUGGUUUUAUCUCAGGGAAGCAGACGGUGAGAGGUUCUUUGGAAUGAAAGGAGAUUAAUGUGGCAGGAAAAAUAAAAAGGAUUUUUUUAAAACUUGACUAAAUCCGGCAUCAUCUGGAAAUUGAAGAAGUAUGCAACUACCGACCACAUUUUGCUUCUUCUUGCUGCUCAUUUUUGAGCUUUCUUCAUGCACGAUAAUCCGGGUGAUAUCUGGUUCAUCUCUGGAGCUGCCCUGCUCACUUCCGAUUGCUUACCAUGGAUCAGCUAUCACCUGGACAUUCAAUGAUGAAGAUAUAGGUCAGCUAAGGUCUGGAUCGACUAGAUUUAAAAGGGAUGGCUUGGUUCUCUCUAUAUCUUCUGUAUCUGCUGCCGACCAUGGCAAAUAUGCGUGCUUUGUAAAGGAGAAUGACAUGGAAAUAGGCAUGAGCUACAACAUUGAAGUUGUUGCUAUAAAUGCCUAUACCAUUAUGAUACCUGAAGGACAAGAUGGUCACCUCCCGUGCCAUCUCCCAUCUUCCGGAGGGGUCACGGCUGGAGCACUUUGGUUCAAAGAGACGAGUGCAGGCCAGAGGACUAUGCUGGACCUCGAAGACAAUUCAACAGACGGUGAGAAAAAACUAGAACGGCUUUAUCCAGAUGAUCCGGAUCAGUCCAUCAUACUCAGAAACACUGUCUUGGAGGAUGCUGGUACCUACUACUGUGAAUCUGCUGAGGGGGAGACACUGAUCACUCUAUACAUCUAUGUUAGAGCUGCACCUACCGUUGCUCCACACUCAUGCACUGGUUUGGACAAACCAUGGGAGCCCUGCCCAGAUGAAAACAGUCGCAUGGAUGAGCCCAAGCUGAAGGAAUCCCUCACACAGUUUGCCUUUGAAACGUAUUCUUAUCUCAGACAGUCACAACCCCACAGCAACCUGCUCUUCUCUCCGAUCAGUAUUGCUGGGGCACUGACCCAUUUGUUGCUAGGUGCCCGGAAUAACACUCGCAAAGCCAUUGAGACUGGGAUCCGUGUGACUCAUGAUUUUUCCUGUGUUCACGUCCAGAUGAAAAAGCUGAGAGAAAAGUUGUCUGGCUCCUUACAGAUGGCUUCUCAGAUCUUCUAUAACUCGCAAAUGAAUGUGAGCGAGGCCUUCACUAACCAAUCCAUUGAGUUCUAUGAGGCAGAGCCAACAAGACUGCUAGAAAACAGCGAGGACAACACACUGAUGAUUAAUAGCUGGGUGGCAAAUAAGACCAACAACAAAAUCACCCAUUUGGUUGACGAUGUAGCACCAAGUACACAGCUGAUCUUGCUCAAUGCCGUCUCCUUCAGCGGUCAAUGGAAAACGAAGUUUAACCCAAACCCCAAGAAAGGAUCAUUUACCAAACUGAACGGUGAUAUGAUUACAGUGCCUGUCCUCUUCCACCGGUAUUACAUGACAACUGUGACAUACAGCGAACAGCUAGAGGCACAGGUAGCCAGCUUUCCUCUCAGUAAUGACAACAGUCUUUACAUCGUGUUGCCCCGUUCCAGUACCGCCACUGGCCUGCUGCAGGUUGAGGAGAACUUGACGGAUAAAGUUGUGAUUGACCUGGUAGAAGAACUGAGAACAACACCUCCUGAAAAUGUUGAGGUCAUGUUGCCUAAGAUCAAGCUUGAUGUCCAACCAGACCUGAGCAUGUUGCUCAGAAAAUUAGGCCUGUCCUCACUCUUUGAGGAUGCCAAGCUGUGUGGAUUGAACUCUGAGGAGACUUUUGUCCUUGAUGAUGCCAGACACAGAGCUUUCCUUGCUCUGACUGAACAGGGGGUUGAGGCCGGAGCUGUCACCAGCUUUUCCUUCUCUCGCACCCACCGUUCCUUCUUUGCUCUGCGGCCUUUCAUCAUACUGCUGUGGAGCAACCAGGCCAAUGUGCCACUCUUUAUUGGGAGAAUAACUGACCCAUAAGAGAGAGGAAACGUAUAGGAGGCAAAAAGAAGCAGAAAUUAGUGGGCCUCACAUUAACAAAUAUACAAGCCUGGAUGUACACUAGUUCUAAGCGAUGAUGAAUAAACAUUAAAAAAAAACCUUG